AUGGCUUCUGCUUCUUCUAGUAGUGCUUUCUUCACUUUUCUUAUAAUCCUUACCUUUCUUUCGAUCUCUCACAUCAAAGUUUCUGAAGCACAAGCUACACCUCCUAUAGUAAAGGGACUAUCAUGGACCUUCUAUAAUUCAAAAUGUCCUAAGCUUGAAUCUAUCAUCAGAAGUGAGCUCAAGAAAAUCUUUGAUAAAGAUAUUGGUCAAGCUGCUGGCUUACUUCGCCUUCACUUCCAUGACUGCUUUGUUCAGGGUUGUGAUGCAUCAGUAUUAUUGGAUGGAUCAGCAAGUGGACCAAGUGAGAAAGAUGCACCACCAAAUUUGACUCUUAGGACUGAGGCCUUCAAGAUAAUCGAAAAACUUCGUAGCAGUGUCGAGAAGCAGUGUGGAAGAAUCGUCUCUUGUGCUGAUAUCACCGCUGUUGCAGCGCGAGACGCCGUUUUCCUCUCAGGAGGACCAGAGUACAAAAUUCCAUUAGGAAGAAGAGAUGGAUUAACAUUUGCAACAAGAGAAGUAACAUUACAGAACCUUCCUUCACCAACAAGCAACACAACAACAAUCCUAAACUCACUUGCAACCAAAAACCUUAACCCAACCGAUGUAGUAGCACUCUCAGGUGGUCACACAAUAGGCAUAAGCCACUGCAGUUCUUUCACAAACAGACUCUACCCAACACAAGACACUGUCAUGGACAAAACCUACGGCAAAAACCUUAAACUCACUUGUCCUACUAACACCACAGACAACACAACUGUUUUAGAUAUUCGUAGUCCUAACAAGUUUGAUAACAAAUACUAUGUCGAUCUUAUGAAUCGUCAGGGUCUUUUUACGUCGGAUCAAGAUUUGUAUACUGAUAAGAGGACUAAGAGUAUUGUUACUGAUUUUGCUGUGAAUCAGUCUCUUUUCUUUGAGAAAUUUAUUGCUGCUAUGCUUAAAAUGGGUCAGCUUAAUGUUUUGACUGGAAGUCAAGGAGAGAUUCGUGCUAAGUGCUCUGUUAGAAAUAAGGAUAGCAAGUCUUUCAUUGCUUCUGUUGCGGAAGAUGUCGUUGAAGGAUUUUUAGAAAUGUAA